CUAUGUGGUUGCUAAGAGUCAACACUGACUUGACGGCACUUAAUCAAUCAACCAAUCAUCUACCGUUAUUGACAUUCCCCAGUAUGACACAAUCCAGGUUUUUAAAUGUUUUUUUUAAAAAAUAGAAAAAUAAAUCAAACAAUAAACAUCUGUUUUCCUACUUAACCAAUCAAGCCUCUCCAGUUGUGCGCUGAGGUUGAAGUAAGUAAUUAUCAGUUAUAUUCUGUACUGGAGUUCAUAUUUUAGAUUGUAAGCGCCUCAGGGCAGGAGUUUAUACUGACAUACUGCACAUUGCUGGCACUAUGGAGUGGCUGGAGCCCAUUGGACUGAAAGGUCUUUCCAGGAAGCUCACCUGGAACCACCAAAAUGUAAACAAAAUGUAAACAAACAAACUUUAUUGCCUCUUUUGUGCCAGACAAAAACUGUAUUUAUAUUCCAAUAUGUGACAUAGCUGGUUUUAAUUUUUUCUUUUCGAUUGUUCUGUUGCUCCUACUACUACGACAACGACAGAUAUUUAUAUACCGCUCUUGCUACCUAAGGGAGACCGUCGCGGGAGCGGACACCUAAGAGCGGGUCCUCCUCUCCCGGAAGUGACGUGAGGCGCGUGACGCUAGAGCAGGAGGGACAAGAUGAAGGCAGGCUGCCCCAUUGCGGAGAAGCCGGAAGGAGGAGGAGGCUAUCACUUCCCCGACUGGGCCUACAAGACAGAAUCCAGCCCAGGCUCCCGCCAGAUCCAGCUCUGGCACUUCAUCCUGGAGCUGCUGCAGAAGGAGGAGUUCCGCCACGUCAUUGCCUGGCAGCAGGGCGAGUACGGAGAGUUCGUGAUCAAGGACCCCGACGAGGUGGCGCGGCUGUGGGGCCGCCGGAAGUGCAAGCCCCAGAUGAACUACGACAAGCUGAGCCGGGCCCUCAGAUACUAUUAUAACAAGAGGAUCCUUCACAAGACGAAAGGGAAGCGCUUCACGUACAAAUUCAAUUUCAAUAAGCUGGUGAUGCCCAAUUAUCCCUUCAUCAACAUCCGGCCCACUGGUGUUGUUCCACAGAGCGCCCCUCCUGUCCCGACGGCAGCGUCCCGCUUCCACUUCCCUCCGCUGGACUGCCACUCUCCCACCGAGGACGCCCAGCCCAGCCGCUUCUCGGGCCGAUCCCUCGGGCCGUCUGGCCAAGAGGCCCUGAACAACGGCAGUGCCGCCGACAAGGCCUCUCCCAGGCCAGAACUGGACGGCGGCUCUCCGGAUUGGCGGCGAGGGGUGGAACUCCUGGGCUCUCGCAACUCUGCUCCUCCGGCCGGUGGCCUCGGCCACCAGAAACGCAAGCCAGAGCUGGUGCUUCCGCUCUUCAGCAGGCCCGGGAUGUACCCUGAUCCGCACAGCCCUUUCGCCGUGUCCCCCCUCCCGGCCCGCGGAGGGCUCUUGAAUGUCCCCCUCUCUCCUGCCUUGUCCCUGACGCCCACCAUCUUCUCGUACAGCCCUUCCCCGGGCAUGAGUCCCUUCGCCGGCAGCAACUGCUUCUCCUUCAACCCCGAGGAGAUGAAGCACUAUCUCCACUCGCAGGCCUGCUCGGUCUUCAACUACCACCUGAGCCCCCGAACUUUCCCUCGCUACCCGGGGCUGAUCGUGCCGCCCUUCCAGGGCCAGCUGCCUCCCGAGGACCAGCCUCACUUCCCCAUCAAGUUGCAGCCCCCUCCCGUCGGCCGCAAGAACCGCGAGAGGCUGGAGAGCGGCGGGGGGCCCGCGGCUGCCCAGACGCCGCCAGGGCCGCUCCAGAUUAAGGCGGAGCCUGUUCUGGACCAGGAGCCGGAAAGCAGAGAUUCUCCCGGGAGAGACCAGAGCGGGAGGGAGGGAGGAUCUAGUGCGGCGGGGCCCCCCAAGAGCCAGGAGCGGGAGAAGCCCCUCUUUGCCAAACCGGUGGCCCCGUCGUGGCCCGUCGCACCGCCAGCGCCCCCACAAGCCCACGUCCCGCCGGUGGAGAAAGCCAAGCAGGAAGAAGGAGCUGGCGAGAAGCCCCCCCCGGAACCCCUGGGGGAACUGGGGGCCCAGGAAAAGGAUGCGGUGAUGCCCCCUAAGCUGCGCCACAAGCGCCGUUGGAAUGGUGACAGGCAGGCAGAUGCUCCUGAGGAGAGCCAGGGCAGGAAGCUUCACUGGGACAGCAGCCUGGCCACCCCACACAUCCUUCUGGCCCCCAAGGCUGCCGUGGAUACUUAGAACUGGCAAGGCCCGUGGCCGUGGGAGUCCCUGCGUUGUAAUGUAGCAAGUCUUGCCUAGCUGGGGCAGGAGGCCGGGGUGGGGAUGGUUUGACUAAUUUUCUAGAGUUUUGAGGGGGGUGGGGGUUGCUCUGCGUGUGUUUAAUUGCCGGUUAAACGCAGUUGCCAUGUUCUGAGGGGUGGGGGAGGCGGGGUGGGGUGGGACGGCCGUUGAGGUGAGGCUAGCCUCUGGUGAGGCGAGGCUUGCCUCUUCUGCGCGCUAAGCCGCUUGUCCACAGACACGGCCUCCGUGCCGUGCGGCAAGCGGCCUCUCAUGAAUUCCCUUCUUCUUUCCUAUAGCAUUUAUAGAAACAAGAAUCUGUCUGAAUGUAUAUAGUUCCUUCCUAUAUGGAGUCAGGUGGCGAAACGGAGGAGGACUUCCUAACUAUUCAGAACUGGAACGUGUCUUGUGUCAAAGUAGGAAGACACUUUAUUUGUGGGUAGGGAUUACUGGAACAUUGCACUGUCUUUGAAUUUUACGAGUGGAGAUUGCAGGAAGUUGGCAUAAAGUGAGAGAGCCCGGUGGCCAGUGGUGGCCCAGGUGAGUGAGCUUGGCUGGUGGGCGAUAGGGCUUGGCAACCUUAAGUGUUACUUUUAGGACUUGGGGGGUGGGGGCUGUUCGCGCUUAAAACAACCUUCUUGAAAUAUUGACAAAGCCAUGAUGAGCAGUUGUCUUUAAAAAAAAAAAAAAAAAACCUUUUCAGGGAUGAGAGAGGAAUGUGGAGUUAUAAAAACGAAAACCCAAAUGCCUUUAAUAACAACCCUUGAUUUCCCCUUUUUGGUGUUUUUUUUGGGGGGGAGGGGGGCAUGUGUGGCAGCAUCCAGACAAACGAUUGUGAACUCUUCGCAGAAUGAAUGUUGGGACGUCUCCUCCUUCCCUGUUAGUCAGGCUCCUCUGCCCUUUUGAUAUCUUGCCUUAACUCUCUGCCCAUUGUCGAAGCUGGCGUUGAGAGGCGGAGAAGCGAGUGCGUGGCCGAACAGGCGUUGCGGUGGGUUCCCCACGGUCUUGGCAUCUAGGAGGGCAGGAAGGGGGACGCUGCAGGGCGCAUGCUGCUGAGGGCACACUGAACUAGCAGGCAGGUCUUUGGUAGAGAAGACGGCACAGCGGAGUCUCGCCUGGGCAUUUGAAAGCCAGCGUCAAGUGGGUAGAUCAUGCCAGGGGGGCUGCCCUCCUGCUCUGGCCUGCGUUUUUGAGUUUCUGAAAGCCUGUUUCUUUUCCUGACCUCACUGAGGUGGACUUCCCUGCAGAUCGCCUGCAGAGAGGCACGAAGUCCUCGCCACAGUGGGAAUGUGGCCUCAAUGGUCUGGCUUGUUGGCAAGGAGGACAUAAAGAUUUGGGGGUUCUGGGAAGUCAUGCCCCUUCUAACCACAGCAUAGGAGAAAUGCUACCCGGCCGCUCCAGUUCGAAAUGCAUGAAAAGCUGCGGUUCCUCGCUGUGUCCACUGGCCUGCCCUUCUUUGGAUAUCUGCUAUCCAUCCCCACCUGACCAAAGUACAUGGAUCUGUUCAGCUUAACUGGUGGUGGUCCAGAAAAUUUCCCCCCGAGGGAAUGAGUGGUGUGUCUGAUCUUCUGGCUGCCCGGCUGUUUCUGAGCCUGAGGCCCCACUUUGUAAAGAAACCUCUCAGGUUGCUUGUUGGGAGAGUAGCAAGGCGAAUUCCCUAUUUUAGGUUUUGGCCAGGUAAAAUCCUGCAGGUGUGUUCCGGGAGCAGGAAGCGGGGAGUGUCGGUGCAUUGGUCACUCAGGCCUGCGGCAUGGAGGGCAGGAGAGUGUCGCUUGUUGCAGCUUGAGAGGCUGUGCUUGUCCUUGUGUGUGCUGAGUGACGGAUGGCUGCAUCGGCCACCAUCCUGAAACACUGCAGCCUUGCGCGCACCUUUGGAUGGGAGAGGAGGGCCUCUGCGGCACAUUGAGGCUCUCCCAAAGGAGAAGGAGGUGGCUGACGGAGGUGGACUCAAACUCAGGAACUGAAACACGCGGCCUUCUCAGAUCAGUGGAUGCAGACCAUCCUACCCAAGUGCCGGAAUCUGAUUGUGGGGGUGGGUGGGAUCAUUUCAUUUGGAGGAGAGGAAAGUCGGUGCGGAAAGGGAGGGCAGAACAUCCCCCUCCACUUCACGUGGCUGCUUCGGUGAAAAGGAGCAUAACUUCUCGAUUCAAUUUUCAUUGUCUUGUUUUGAAAAUGGCUGCUGUCAUUAGGGGUGGGUUUUUCUUUGGUUUCUCCCCCCCCACCCCGCCCGCUCUGCCCCCCAGUCAAAAGCCAUUGCACUGCAAAGUGGGAACUCCUUGUUCAGGGAAUAAAAGGUCUCAGGUUCUCAGGGCAGUGGACCAGGGAGCAGUAGCUUCUGCCCAGGAGGGGAGGUGGCCCCAUUGGGGAGUGGCCCCCCCUUCCUUUCCACUGGCUCAGGAAGCCGCCACGGCUUUGUGGGGGGGCACUCAGUGGUCCCCCCUCCUUUUCUUAGCCAGGUGCGUUUGCAAGCACUUCUUUUGCAGGAGAAAACGUGAAGACGACAGCGCACUUAACCGUCUGUUCGUUGUGCCAAAUAUUUAUGCCAGCGGAGCAUGGAUGGCUGAAAUUCCGCCCGCGAUGAAUCGAGAAUGCAUUAACCUUAAGGAAAAAAAAAAAGAAAUAAAAUAAACGUGUCUAGCUGUAGGAAACGUGAAACGAAAAAGCUUGAAGCUGCCGCUCACCACAUCUUCCCCCACCCCUAGUAGGAGGAUGGGUUGUAAAGGGAAGUUCAUAGCCUCUCUUCUCCCCUCCCACUCCGAAGGCUAACAAACAAUCCUUGGAAAUGGGUCAGGAGAAUCCCAGACCUGGCCAUUUUAUUAUAAAGUACAUUUUCUGGUCCCCUCAAAAAUAAGAGGCUGGGGGGGGGGAUGUCGUUCAUCUGCCAGGCCCCAUGCAUUCGAUCACACCGUAUUCAGAAGCGCCUUGACAUACAGGGGUUUAGACCAUGCUAGAGCAGUUCCUUCCAGCAUGCGAGGAAAGUGCAGUUUCUUCCUCUGUUCUUGUCUUGCCUACACGGGGAAAUAGGAUCCUGCCUCUCAUCAAUGCCGAGGAGACGAGAGAACCACACCUCUCUCCAGACACUGGGGUAUGUGUCCCCCCCCCCUCAAAAAGAUAAACUACCAGAUCACACAUACCCUGGUGUGUGGUUCUGCCCCAUUCCCCCAUCCCAAUUAUACCCAUAAUCUUCCUGUGAAAGGAGAUGGCAAGCCAUUACCUCCAUCUGAAAGAAAGGCUCUUAUCUGAUUGGUACCCCUCUUUAAUUUCACAAUUGUUUUGCUUUUCAGAAAUGUGUUUUGUUUUGUUUUUCCCUUUAUGGAUCUUGGGUGGGUUUUUAUGAGAGAGACUUAUUAUUUUGGUUUGGAAUAUUUUCAAUUAGUUUUUUUUAAACUGUUCGAUUUUAGAGUAUUAAAGUGACAAAGUAUUUACUGCUAAUUUUUUUAAGAAAAAGAAUCAUUUCCCCCCCAUGAGACAUUUAUUAUGCUUUUGACUCAGCAGCAGGGAUUACGCAUCCAAGCGAUGGCUCUUAGCUUGAAGUAUUUGUCCAUGUCAAGCAGGAUUAAAAUUGUGUGUAAAAACAAAAAAAAAUGUAAGUAGUCCUCAUGCUUUUGUGCAGUGCCUUUUAGACGUUCCACUUUAUAGAAAGUCUUCAAAAAAAAGUUUUGCAUAUAUAUUAUAUAUAUGAUGUAAUGUUAUAGAAAUAUAUGUAUAAUAUACAUAUUUUUCCCCAGGGGUAUCUGAUAGCUCUGUAUUUUGCUAUGGAAGUUGAUAUGAAAAAGUAUUUUACCUCAAAUUAAAAAAAAAGUUAAAUAAACCUUUUAAAUAAGC